UCCCGGAAUGUUUGCAGCGCGGAAGCAACUGAAAUCUCAUGUCGCCAUGUUUGGUGCUUGGUCGUUGAAAUUUGACGUUCGAAUCACCCUUACGUCCUCCUCUAUCUCGUUAUUGAGAAGGACCAGCUCAAGCUUGAACUAUCGAUUCUGAUCCCCAGGUUCAGUUGGUCCUGCGAAGAACGACGCAAUGGGUUGUGGAAGGAAUUUUUGGAUAUGGUGCAAAUGGGUUGGAGAUUAUUUUAAGAUUAAGGAUCAUAAACAUCCUCGGCCAUUGAGGCCUAGGCUUCCAUUUCAAUUCAAGCAUUACUUAUCUGCAAGACAAAGCAAAAGAUUACAGAAAGACUGGAGCACUCGGAGAAGGAAAAAACAGAAAGAUGAAUUUUUUUUGUGGGAUUUUAGAAGUGUUCAAUUGGUUCCAAAAUUAAUUUGAUGCCGCUGUCUUGGAUAAAAUUCGCACAUAGCACAGGUAGGAUUGAAAGCAAACGGUUUUUCCAACAGGGAUUUCUCUGAUUGGUUGGUUUGUUGGCCCCGCCCUUUUCCGUAACCUUCACUUGCAAUUUUGCUGAGCAAUUCGUGUAUAUAAUGAAGAGGUUCUUUGCCUGCUGCUUCACAAGCAGAGUCUCCAAAUCCCGCUGUCACCUCAACAGUGGUCAUCCUCAGAGGACCAGAGAAACUAUGGAAACCACGCAAAAGAACAAUCCUGGAAGCGACAGGAAGAUCAUGGAAGGAAAUGCCGCUAGUUCAAGUGAGAGCAAGUCUACUAAUAUCAUAUUAAACCAUGACUUCUCUGGAGGGCUAGAGUCUUGGCAUCCCAACUGCUGCCAUGGCUACGUAGUUUCAGCUAAAUCAGGCUCUCAAGGAAGAAUGUUAAUGGAGUCAGAUAGUAAUUAUGCUGUUGUCACUAGCCGCAAGGAAUGUUGGCAGGGUCUUGAACAAGAUAUCACAGGCAAAAUUUCCGCUGGCUCCACUUACAAGGUUUCAGCUUGUGUUGGAGUGGCUGGGCUUCCUCAGGGGCAUACUGAUGUUCUAGCUACUCUUAAGCUACAACAUCGAGAUUCGGCUACUAACUACUUGUUCAUUGGGAGGACCUCAGUAACAGAGGCCAGCUGGGCAAGGUUAGAAGGGACAUUUUCCUUGCCAACUAUGCCUGAUCAGGUUAUAUUUUAUCUAGAAGGGCCUGCUCCUGGGGUUGACCUGCUCGUACAAUCAGUAGAGAUCACCUGUUCCAGUCCCAAUGAGUAUCAUUCUGCACGCACCAAAUGUGAUUCUACUGGAGAUGGCAACAUCAUAGUAAACCCAACAUUUGAUGAUGGCCUGAAUAAUUGGUCUGGAAGAGGCUGCAAGAUUGCUUUGCAUAACUCCAUGGCAGAUGGAAAAAUUCUGCCUCAAAUUGGGAAAUAUUUUGCAUCAGCAACAGAACGCACACAAAGUUGGAAUGGGAUUCAGCAAGAGAUCACUGGAAAAGUGCAGCGUAAACUCGCCUACGAGGUCACUGCUUUAGUUCGGAUAUAUGGGAACAAUGUCACAUCUGCUGACGUACGGGCUACCUUGUGGGUCCAAACACCAGAUAAUCGAGAGCAAUAUAUAGGCAUUGCCAAUGUGCAGGCAACGGAUAAAGAUUGGGUUCAAAUGCAAGGCAAGUUCCUUUUAAAUGGUUCGCCGUCGAAGGUAGUAGUUUAUUUAGAAGGUCCCCCACCAGGAACCGACAUUCUUGUCAAUACUUUAGUUUUGAAGCAUGCAGCUAAAGCACCUCCUUCGACACCACCAGAUUUUAAGAAUGCUGCUUUUGGAGUUAAUGUGAUUGAGAACAGCAAUUUGGCUGAUGGUACCAAGGGAUGGUUUCCCCUCGGCAAUUGUACUUUAAGUGUUGGGACUGGCUCUCCACAUAUUAUUCCUCCAAUGGCAAGAGAAUCCCUUGGCCUUCAUGAACCACUAAGUGGACGCUACAUCCUUGUAACCAAUCGCACGCAAACAUGGAUGGGUCCUGCUCAGAUUAUCACUGAAAAAUUAAAACUUUUCUUGACUUACCAAGUAUCUGCUUGGGUUCGCAUUGGUUCAGGAUCGACUGGUCCACAAAAUGUUAAUGUUGCCCUUGGUGUUGACAACCAGUGGGUGAAUGGUGGACAAGUUGAGGUUUCUGACGAUAGAUGGUAUGAGCUUGGUGGGUCUUUCAGAAUUGAGAAGCAGCCGUCAAAAGUUAUGGUUUAUGUCCAAGGUCCUGCUUCUGGUGUAGAAUUAAUGGUUGCUGGUCUUCAGAUCUUCCCAGUUGAUAGACAAACAAGGUUUAGAUAUUUAAGGAAGGAGGCAGAUAAGAUCCGUAAGCGUGAUGUUAUUCUAAAAUUCUCAGGACUGAGCCCAGGCAGCAAUCUCGGAACCUUAGUGAAAGUCAGACAAAUGCAGAACGACUUUCCUAUUGGAUCAUGCGUCAACAGAACAAAUAUUGACAAUGAAGACUUUGUUGAUUUCUUUGUGAAACAUUUUAACUGGGCUGUGUUUGGGAAUGAGCUGAAGUGGUAUUGGACAGAGCCACAACAAGGAAAUUUCAACUAUAAAGACGCGGAUGAUAUGUUAGCCUUAUGUCAAAAGUACAAGAUAGAAACUCGUGGACAUUGUAUCUUUUGGGAAGUGGAUGGCGCAGUUCAGCAAUGGAUUAAAUCGUUGAGUAAAGAUGAUUUGAUGAAGGCUGUCCAAAACAGGUUGACCGGGCUUCUGACUCGCUACAAGGGCAAGUUCAAGCAUUAUGAUGUGAAUAAUGAAAUGAUGCAUGGUUCAUUUUAUCAAGACAGACUAGGUAAAGACAUCAGGGCAAGCAUGUUCAAGACUGCACAUCAACUAGAUCCAUCUGCUACCCUAUUUGUAAAUGAUUAUCAUGUUGAAGAUGGGUCUGACACCAGAUCAUAUCCAGAAAAAUACAUUCAACAUAUUAUUGAUCUGCAAAAGCAAGGUGCACAGGUUGGGGGAAUCGGUAUUCAGGGUCACAUAGAUAGUCCAAUGGGACCUAUUGUUUGUUCUGCCUUAGAUAAACUGGGUAUUCUUGGUCUACCAAUCUGGUUUACAGAGCUUGAUGUCUCGUCGACUAAUGAAUUCGUGCGAGCAGAUGACUUGGAAGUGAUGAUGAGGGAGGCUUUUGCUCAUCCUUCUGUGGAUGGUAUAAUGCUGUGGGGAUUCUGGGAACUGUUUAUGAGCAGGAAGGAUUCACACUUGGUGAAUGCAGAAGGUGAGAUCAAUGAAGCCGGGAAAAGAUUCCUUGCUCUGAAGCAAGAAUGGCUGUCUCACAGUCAUGGACAUGUUGAUGAAGAGGGGCAGUUUGGUUUUAGAGGCUUCCAUGGAACAUACAACGUGGAGGUGUUCACCCCAACAAAGAAGAUUUCCAAGACAAUUGUUGUCGACAAGGGUGAUUCUCCUCUGGUGGUAUCCGUUGAUUUACAAGGAGCUUGCUUCGCCUAAUUACAAGUAUUUCUUCGUUGUUAUGUUGUGUGUUGAUGGUUCUAUACAAUGUUUUUCCCCUUUUCGGUUGAUAUACGUGAAAGCUUGUGAUGUAAUGCCAUGUUUGCUUGGAUGUACUGUUCUGACAAUAAAAUAAAAUACAAUUAUACUGGUUGUGAUGGUUAAACUAA